GUCAAAGAGUAGACCGAAGGAGUGUCCUUGUAUCAUGUAUUAUUCUCAUCAUCACCCUUAGUGCUGGUACCUCGAAUUCGGGUUUAUGUGGCAAAACUAUACCUUCCGUGGGAUCAACCGUACCGUGCUAACUUGAAGUAUAAAGAUCAGUGCGAAGUGCUUGGCAAUUGCUAACGACCGCAGCACCACUAAGUCUUGCUUUGAGCAAUAUAUAAACGAAACGGGUUACAAGAAUUGCCACAUCAAACAACUUCAGUCAAGGAUUCAGUUCAAUAUUACCCCAACGUGAUAAUGGCCACUACCUCUGGAAUUGGUGUCUCCCCCGAGCUAACGACAGCAUUCUCCGAUGCUGUCGAGACAAAGAAUGUUCGGUUCUUCAAAGUCAUCAUUCAGGACGAGUCUCUCGUUUCAGUAGCCUCCUUGCCAGUCGCAGAUUCCUUCAACGAGGAUUUAGUACAACUUCAAGAAUAUCUCGAAGACAAGGAACCAUGUUAUAUCCUGGCGCGUCUCGAUGACCCCCCUUCGGAAUGGCUCGCGGUCAGCUAUGUGCCAAAUUUUGCUAACAUCCGGGAUAAGACAUUGUAUGCUUCAACACGUAGUUCUUUGACCAAGUCAUUAGGCUCGACUGUUUUCACGGAUAGUCUUUUUGCGAUAUCUAAAGCGGACCUGACACCCGAAGCCUAUGAUGCUCACAAGAGGCACAAAGCUGCACCCAAGCCUCUGAGCGCACGGGAGCAAGAAAUGGAAAAGAUCAAGGCGGCCGAACGAGAAGCUGGAAACAGUUAUGAAGGCAGCAAUGCAAGAAAGAACCACAUUGGUCAACGCGUAGGCCUGUCUUGGUCCUCGGAAGCUGAGGACGCUGUGAAGGGGCUUGGCUUGCGAAAUGAUAGUCGCAUGGUCAUACUGAAAAUCGAACCAUCAACCGAGUCGCUCGAGCUGGACUCUUUCGCAGAUUUAACAGUGGAUAAUUUGAGUUCAGGCAUACCAAGUGACGAACCAUCAUAUGUAUUCUAUGCAUGGGCAAAUCCGUAUUCUCAGGCAGGCGGAGAUAUCGUCUUCAUAUACUCGUGCCCUGCGGCAUCACCUGUUCGAUAUAGGAUGGUCUACUCCUCAGCGGCAAUAUCAACUUAUCUUGCAGCGAAGAAUUUCUUGGUGGAAAGUGGGUCAGCAUUCCCGCUUGCCACAAAGAGGUUCGAAACGUCGGACCCGGCGGAGCUCGAUGAGUCCUUCCUCAAGGCUGGUCUCAACCAUGAUGGAUCCCCAGGUGCUAUUGUCAACAAUAAUGGUGCUCGGGAGAAUGACCCUGCAAAACCUUCAUUCGCGAAACCGAAAGGCCCUGCGAGGAGACGAUGAAAGCUAAAGAAAGAUGGUAAUGCUAUAACCAGAUAUGCAAUGUAAAUAUAACAACUUAGAUAGGAACUUGUAUAAAUACCUGAUUAUAAGUGUA